AUGACGUGCUUCUUGGGUGACACUCCACUACUGUAUGGAACCAUCAAGGAAUUAACAUCGCAGACAACCUAUCAAUCACGCAAGGAGACUACGCUUCCAAACUACACUACCUAUUACGUUUCCAAAGGCCUAGAUGGAGCUUCUGCACUUCCCGAUUUCAAGUCAGAGACCGUGGAGACAUCCGAAGACGGCUUCGAAUCGAACAGCGGCUCUGAGAAUCUCAGCAUCCCAAUCAUCGACCUCGGCCAAAUCGACCGCGACCCGACCAAGAGGAGGGAGGGGAUCAAGAGGAUGCGACGCGCAUCAGAGAUGCUGGGGUUCUUCCAGGUAGUGAAUCCCGGAGUUUCAAAGGCCGUGAUGGGGAAGGAGGAGGGAUUUAGGAGGUUCCACGAGCAAGAUGACGAGGCAAAGAAGGUGCUCCACACGCGCGACAUGAUGAGGAAGGUUAUGUACAGCAGCAAUUUCGAUCCGAACACGACGUCUAUGGUGAACUAG